AUGGAUGCAGCAGGUUCCGGCUCCAAGUUCUUCUUCUCUCUUUCUCCUUCUUGCUACGGAACUCCUUUCUCCUGCGGCAACCCCUCCUUUAUAUAUGUGGUAGAUUUAGGGCUGACUUUGGUUGUGCCUCAUGUUGCGAGGAUACUCUUUGAGGUGUUGAGGCUUGGUCAUGGCCGUGAAGCAUUGCGAAAACCCAAAUCCUCCUCAGUCAUCACCAAUCACCAUCUUUGCUGUAGUUGGACUUGGAACCACGCCGACGAAUUUACCCUUAGUAACCCCCAGCAUCCUGCCUUGAGAUUCGUGCUUUUUCUUCUGAUCAAUACCUGGCACUCAAGCAAAACAGAGAAGAAAGCAAGAAACGCCAUCAAAGGCUUUGAUCAAAUCCAGCUUCAGCCUUCCACGGAUACAAUGGAGGGUGGUGAUGGUGGACGUCAAUUUCUAGACAGUGAUGGGGAUUCUGAUGAUGAAACUUUUGAACGCUUUCAUGAACAUAAUUACUCUGUGGAAGAUGACAUGCCACUGCAGCAUUGCAAUUUUGUAAAUGAUGAUCUGAUUUCAAUGGAACCAUCCACUGGGAUGACUUUUCAGUCAUUGGAUGAUGCAAGAGAUUUCUAUUAUGAAUAUGCAAAGCGUACAGGUUUCACCAUUCGAACAAAUCGAAUCCGACACUCGUUAAAGAACAUGGCUAUAAUAGGCCGGGACUUUGUUUGUUCAAGAGAAGGUUUUCGUGCCGCAAAGCAUACACUUCGAAAAGACAGGGUUCUUCCUCCACGCCCAAUCACAAGAGAAGGGUGCAAAGCCAUGAUAAGGUUGGCAGCAAGGGAUGAAGGAAGAUGGAUAGUUACCAAGUUCAUAAGAGAGCACAACCACAAACUAAUGGCUCAUUGUAAAUUUCCUGGGGAGCUGCCAAUCAUCAAUAUACUCAGUGAGGUAGAGAAGGAUAAAAAAAUCCAGGAUCUAUAUGAUGAGCUCCAGCGUGAAAGAGAGCGAUCUGCAGCAUUCCAACAGCAGUUAUGCAUGAUUCUCAAGGACCUUGAGGAACAUGCUGAAUAUAUCUCUGUAAGAGUUGAAGACAUUGUUAAGAGCAUGAAAGAAAUUGAACUUCGUGACCUAUAG